CCCUCACUCUCCUGGCUCUGGGCGCUCCUGGGCGCUCCCCUUCCUGUUUGCCUGCUGGCGAGGGUGCAGCCGGAGACAGGACCUGAUGCCUUAAUCCUGGGGAGGACGAUGGAGGGAGAGGACGGAGGCAUGGUCCUCAGUUCACCCACCUGCUGUAUAACCAGGACCCCCGACCCCGACCCGGUGUGGCAGGUGCCCCAACUCUCCCUGGAAGAGACCCGUCGUCUGCACCCCCUCCUGCCUGGCAGUUUUGGGGGGGCCCAUCUCCUGGCUGCGUCCUCUGCUCUGCAGCUCGUAAAUCUGGGUGCAGUGGGCGUGUGUGUCGGGGGGCAGAGGGGACCCUGGGAUCCGUCCAGAUUGGGCUUUGGGGUGUGUGAGUGCCAGUCCUGAAUUCCCCAAGGAUGAGACCACGCCGGGGGCGGGGACUGGGGGGGUGGCCCUUGUCUUCUGGGAGCAGGAGAUAAAUUGAGGGGUGUCCACCGGCCCCGGGGACCUGCCCAUCACCAUGACCAGAGGGACUGUGCUUCUGCUGAUCCUGUGGCUGAGGCUGGGAGUGUGCAGGGACCCCGGGCCCUGGGGCCCAAGGAUGGCCCCCCGCCUGCGCCGGGCCCCGGGUGGCCCCUGCCAGCUGUGGAGCCUGGCCCUGCCAGUGGCCGAGCUGGGCCUGGGCUAUGCCUCGGAGGAGACGGUGAUCUUCCGCUACUGUGCAGGGGCCUGCCCCCGCGGCGCCCGCAGCCAACACGGCCUGGCCCUGGCAAGGCUGCGGGGCCAGGGGCGAGCCCAUGGGGGGCCCUGCUGCAGGCCCACCCGCUACACGGACGUGGCCUUCCUGGACGAGCGCCACCGCUGGCAGCGGCUGCCUCAGCUCUCCGCGGCCGCCUGCAGCUGUGGCAGCUGAGGAUGCUGCGCCUGAGGACCCCGCAGCCACCCAGGAAGAUCAGUGGGGGUUAGGUUCGUCCCUUGCCCCCCAGGACACGCAAUAAACAAAUGUGCUGUUGACUUGGGUCUCUGUCGUCAUUUGUGUGUUUGGGGGGGGGGUGCCUUGCCCAGGACCCUUUAAUCCCCCCCCCAGCUGCUUGCAGAGGGGAGACUUGAAC